AGGCUCCUCACCAGACUCAAAAGUGGGCCCAAGUCAUCCGGUUCUCACUAUGCCUUGGUUCCCAGGAAGGGAUACAUGACCCCCUCUCCCUCCUAGAAGCAGCUCUGCACUCAGGAGAACGUGCCCCCAUCGGGGGAGGCAGGGCCUGGGAGGAAGGCCACUUUUGCAGACUUUUCCAGGUCCCCAUCUGCUGCACAGAGCUCUGGCUGACGCUAGCCCAAGCCUUUUAGGACGGCCCCUUGACCUGCGAUUCCUUUCUGGAAUUCAUCUUAGGGCCCAGUCAGGGGUGUUUCCAGAGCAGUCUGCAAUAACACAAUGUCUAUGGCAAAGUGUCCUCACAGAGGACUGGGCAGUGAGCCACGGGCCAGCCCUUUGGUGGAUCCCCAGGGGCUGUCAAAGGGGUCCGGGACAGCAGUGACAGCCAGGCCUUAGCUCCUGCCGCCCUUCAAAUGUGCCUGGGUGCGAUGGCAAGCCGCGGCCGGCGGGGCGGGGGGACCUUUUGUUUGUUUGUUAUUAUUUGUAGAGAUGGUGGGGGUCUCACUACGUUUCCCGGGCUGGUCUCGAACUCCUCAGCACAGAAGAACCUCCCGCCUCGGCCUCCCAAAGCGCGGGAUCACAGGCGACAGCCACCACGCCGGCCGGCCGCCAUGUGGAUUUUGUACAGUCUUUCGAUCUUCCAGCGACCAGCAAGUGUAAACAGAGCAGCUCACAUGAGGCAAGAAGUCGCCCAGGAAACGUCCUUUGGGAGGGGCGGGAAGGGCAGCCUGGCGCUCCCAGGAUCCCGUGCGCGGAGGGGGCGAGGCGGGGCGCGACGUCAUCAGCGGGCGCGGAGCCGGAAGUGUUGUGGCCGCCCCCGCCGCGCGUCGCGGAGGCACGUGUGGAGCAUCGGCGGCGGGAGCGUCGCAGGUCCUUGGCACUUGCCAGACAUUAGCACCAUGAGCUUCGUGGCAUACGAGGAGCUGAUCAAGGAGGGUGACACGGCCAUCCUGUCACUGGGCCAUGGUGCAAUGGUGGCAGUGCGUGUGCAGCGUGGGGCACAGACCCAGACCCGGCAUGGUGUCCUGCGACACUCAGUUGACCUUAUCGGCCGCCCCUUCGGCUCCAAGGUGACGUGCGGCCGAGGUGGCUGGGUGUACGUGCUGCACCCCACGCCGGAGCUCUGGACGCUGAACCUGCCGCACCGCACACAGAUCCUCUACUCCACCGACAUCGCCCUCAUCACCAUGAUGUUGGAGCUUCGGCCCGGCUCUGUAGUCUGUGAGUCUGGCACCGGCAGUGGCUCAGUGUCCCACGCCAUCAUCCGCACCAUUGCACCCACGGGCCACCUGCACACGGUGGAGUUCCACCAGCAGCGGGCAGAGAAGGCCCGGGAGGAGUUCCAGGAGCACCGUGUGGGCUGCUGGGUGACUGUGCGCACCCAGGAUGUAUGCCGCAGCGGCUUUGGCGUGAGCCACGUGGCCGACGCCGUCUUCCUGGACAUCCCAUCACCCUGGGAGGCUGUGGGCCAUGCCUGGGAUGCCCUCAAGGUCGAAGGUGGGCGCUUCUGCUCCUUCUCUCCAUGCAUCGAGCAGGUGCAGCGCACGUGCCAGGCGCUGGCGGCAUGUGGCUUCUCGGAGCUGAGCACCUUGGAGGUGCUGCCACAGGUCUACAACGUGCGCACUGUCAGCCUGCCACCGCCUGACCUGGGCGCGGGCACAGAUGGCCCUGCCAGCCCCGACACUGGCCCCUUCCGCAGCGGCACGCCCAUGAAGGAGGCCGUGGGCCACACCGGCUACCUGACCUUCGCCACCAAGACCCCAGGCUAGGGGGCCGCCGCCCAGGGCAUCAGGGAGCUGGGAGCACCGAAGGGCUGGGCAGGGAGGCCAGAGGCACCUUAUAUGGUCAGCGAUGCCUGCCAGACACAGAUGGUGGGGCGGGGCUUGGGGGCCUCCUGGGUGGCCAGAGUGGGACGGCAGGAGGGUUGGCUAUGAUGGAGGAGGAGUGCUGGGGCUGGGCCUCAGCCAUUGCUGUCCAGCCCCGCGGCCCAUCCCAGCUGCUGUUUGUUGCCAAUAUGAAGUCUCCACUGCCACAGGCUCCCCUGGGUGUUGAGGCCAAAGGGUGCAGGUGGGGGAGUCUGACCCCUCCCAGGUGGGCCUAAGCAGGAAGGGGGUGGAGGAGGGAAGGGGCAUUGUCCCCGAGGCCACACUGCAUCUGACCCCUGAGCCCCCACGGCCCUGGCUGCCCCACAGGGCCUGAGACCAUCUCGUGUUUCUCCAGUUCCCGGGCCGAGGCUCCAGCCUGGGCCAGAAGCUAGGGUGAGAUGACCCAGGAUCCCUGCCCUGCCCUCCCCAGUGCUAGGAGACCAGGCCAGCCCAGGAACCAGGGAGGUGACCCUGCUCUCUGGCCUUCAGGCUGAUGUGACAGCACUGGGCUCAGCCCAGGCCUGCGUCCACUCAAGUCCAAGAGGCGGGGCAGCCCCCACCCAGCCUGAGCCCCUUGACACAGGCCAGGCAGCGCUGCGGAGAGGAGCAGCAGAGGGGCUUGUUUGCCACAGGCGACCAGGCACACGUGUCAGGGCUGGCGUGUGAAUGCCAGCCUGUGAGUCCCGGAACUAUGUGGGCACCCCUACCCCUCGCAGAAGCCAGGGGCAUGGAGGAGGUCCCCCCACGGGGACAACAGUGUGGGGGGGUCGGGGAGGUGUGUCCAGGACACCUUCCAGGGACAGUGCCUAUGUGAACACCUCUUAAAGGCUAAGGGGGCAUUUUCCAAAGCGGGGACAGACGGUGGGACGCCCAGGCUGGGGGGCUCUCCUCGCCCGCCCUGGUGUGACAGCCUCAAGGGAGGACCGGUGCCUGUGUCAGCCAUGGGGCCCUUGGAGCUGCCAUUGGUGCCGAGGGGGCCUGGGUUUCAGCCCGUGGAGUCAGUGGCUGUUGGGGCCUUGAGCGCUGUGCUGGCAGCGGCCUGGCCCUGAGUGUCAGUGAUGAGCAAUAAAUGUGCCGUCCCCUCUGUGCUGCAUGACCCCUAGCGGCCAAGGCCACCCCCAGCUGCUGUCCAGGCCAGCCCUGCCUGCGCUCUGCCCCUAGUCCCUGCUCCUGCCUGUCCUGGUUUGGCAUGAUGGGUGCUCCAGACUCCAGGACAAAGGGGCAGAUGUGUGGCCGUCCCCAUCUGGCUGCAGAAAAGGCCACUUGUCCCUGGGGUUGGGGUGGUCCAGGAGUGCUGGGCCUUCCUCCACAGCCUGGGCUGGAAUAUUCAGUGUGGCUGCCUGGGCUGCUGCAUGAGCCCCUGCAGGAAGGGUCCACCCCAGGCCGCCUGGUCCCCGCGAAGUAUCACACUGGGUCACUGGGGGCUGUGGCUUAUGUGGUCGGGGAAUCCUGUGUCCCUGAGAGUUGUUCAGCCCUGCUCCGAGGGCUUGUCCUCCUUCUAGGACGCAAGCCUUCCCUCUGACCUUGUUCCUCACCUGGGGCACAGAGGCGGGGCCCCCGGUCAGGUUCAACAUGGAAGUGGGUGACCCUAAUGCCAGGAGCCUUGGGGUCAGGCUGUGCCUGGGGUGUCAUGAACUGGGUGGCACACACCCCUGAGGUCUCAGUUCCCCAAGCCUGCCCUGCCCCUCCUGGCUACAACAGAGGCCUGCAUGCUGUCUGACAGGUGAACACCAGGAGAUGUUUCUUUUGAGGCGCAGCUCCACGGUUUAUAGGACACGUAAGCCUCAGGCACUGUAGGGUCCCGGUUGUGCCCAUUUUCCAGCCAGGACUGGUAGCCCACGUGGCGGCUCUGGGUGAGUCACCAGGAUCCGCACAUGGAGAGCGGAAUCCACCCUUAGUUGUCACGUGGGACAGUCGCUGUCUCAAUCCUCUCGGCCCUGCUGCUCUGCCCUGCACACAGGCCCCCAUGAGGACCUUGAGCCUCCAGGCAUCCACCCCCACCCACCGUAGAGCUGGGCCUCACCCCACUCCCUCAGGUUGGAUCCUCACCUGGCCUUGAGCCAGCCUUAAACUCCUGUAUGUCCUUCAA